AUGGAGAACAACCCAACAGAAAAAGCAUCAAAACACAACAAUAGAUUUUGUGCAUUCUUCAAAAAGACAUGGCGUGCUGUGAAAAGCGGAGACAAGUGUCGACGUGGAGGCAACAGUGUGGUCCCUCAUCAGUCUGUGUCCGACACAGAUUCAGCUGAUCCUCAGUGUGGUCCGUCCGGCCUCGAACCAGCGGCACAUUGGCAUCUAGCUGAUCCACAGCCAGGUCCCUCCGGCCUUGAGCCAACAGCCCUACAGGAGCAAACUGAUCCUCCACCGCGUCCAUCCAGCGUCACACCGGUGAACUGUGAUGAAGAACCAGCUGAUCCUGAGCCAGCUGAAGCAAACAAGAAGAAGAAGAAACACAUCUGUGCAUUCUUCAAAAGAGCGUGGCGGGCUGUAAAACGUGCAGCAACACAACAGAAAAAGCACAACAAGGUGGCUCCACUUUGUCCACAGCUUGACACAGAUUCAGCUGAUUAUCAGCCGGAUCCAAACGUCAUUGAGUCGACGGCUCUACAGGAUCUCACUGAUCUUCAGCCGGAUCCAAACGUCAUUGAGUCGACGGCUCUUCAGGAUCUCACUGAUCUUCAGCCGGAUCCAAACGUCCCUGAGUCGACGGCUCUACAGGAUCUCACUGAUCUUCAGCUGGAUCCAAACAUCAUUGAGUCGACGGCUCUACAGGAUCUCAAUGAUCUUCAGCCGGAUCCAAACAUCCCUGAAUCGACGGCUCUACAGGAACCAGCUGAUCCUCCAGAAGAUCCUCAGUCUGGUUCAUCUGAGCCUGAUCAAGAUCCAGAUGUUUCAGAGAGGACAGCUGUCGUAGGAGCAUCUGGUCUUGUGGCAGUGGGUCUGCAGGAUCCAGCUGAUCCUCUUCCAGGCCCGUCUGCUCUUGAUCCAGUAACCCCCAAAUUUCCAGGUGCAUCCAAGUAUAGACGAAUCACAGAUCAAACCCAUUUCAGAGCAGCCUGUUUCACCGAUCCAACUCCUGUUCCUUUUGAUGAGAUUUAUGAAGUGGGAGAAGAGAUUGGAGAAGGAGGCUUCGGCACUGUGUAUGAGGGGAUUUCCAAAUUUCUACGUGAGCAGGUUGCCAUCAAAUUCAUCCCCAAGUGUGAAACAGACCGGUAUAUUGAAAUACCUGGCUGUUCAAAGCCGCUGUUUGCAGAAGUGGCUCUAAACUUGCUGCUGAAACGGCCUCCGUUAAGCCCCUACAUUGUGCACAUGCUGGAAUGGUUUGAAGAGGACAAUCAGUUCAUCCUGAUCCUGGAAUAUCCACAACCCUGCAAGGACUUGCUCAAAUUCAUGGUUAACAAUAUGCAGCGAGUGAACGAAUCACAGACUCGUAGGCUGAUGUACCAAGCGGUGCUCGGGGCCAAGCACUGUCUUGACCGAGGCGUCUUCCACCGUGACAUUAAGUUGAAUAACUUUCUGAUCAACACAAACACUAACCAAGUCAAACUGAUAGACUUCGGCUGCGGUGACCUCGUGAAAACAUCAGGGUACUUGGGUGAUUUUACAGGAGUCUGCCCACCUGAAUACUACAAGGACUUAAAAUACGAAGCAGGGCCAACAACCGUCUGGUCUCUGGGCAAAAUGAUGUACACAAUGGUGUGCAGAUGUCAGCCCUUUAAAAGUCUAGAAGACAUGAUGCAUGGCAGUUUGAGUUUUAACAUCAGCAUUUCCACAGAAUUGCAGGAUUUGAUAAGCCGCUGCCUGGCUUAUCACCCAACCGAGAGAGCAACUAUUGAGGAGAUCCUACAGCAUGAAUGGUUUCAGCAGGGACAGAUGUUAGGAGUAGCACAGGAUCAGAUAGUAACAGAUGCCCCAAAAUGUCCCCGGUGAGAUUUAUAUUGUGAUUAUAAAUCUAGUGACUGAAGAGGUAUCAUAUCGAUCACAAGUGCAAUAUGGAGUACCACAAGGCUUAGUACUAGGAUCAUUGCUUUUCAUGGGCGUGGGGUUGUGUGUGUGGGUGGUAGGGAGAAUGAAGUCCUCCU